AUGCUCUCGAUAGCUGAUCAAUUCCAAGCGCGUCGUUACCGUUCCAUAGCCGUCGAGUUCGACCAUCUCGUCUCGUCUUUGUCUCGCAAUAUGCACCCAUUUGCACUUGCGGCGUCGGAUCCGUUGCGAUAUGAAACCCUGAAUGACUCGCGCACGGAAGGCGUGGUAUUCUUUGGCGGUGCUGUUCGCUUGGGUCCUGCGUGCGGCGGCUCGGGUGCGCUGGUUAUGCCCACCGCCUCCCUCUGCUACGUAUGCGAGUACGAAACGAAUGACAUCCCAGCCGCCACCACUAACAAUCAAGCUGAGGACGAUGGCCUCGUGCGAAGCUUGUGCUUCGAAGUAUGA